AUGAACAACCAACAGUUCCGGCGGCUCCUGGCGACGUCGCCGACCGAUCAGCAUGGCAAGACUCCUCCCGGCCAGACCGGCGCCGCAUCCUCCAAUCUUGGCGGCAAGAGGUCAAGCUUCAUGCCCAUGACACCGCGAACAGUAGGCAAAGGUGGUAUGGAUGUCGACUUCGCCCGCCAGGUACGCGAGCGCAACGUAGGAGAACGGCCGACGAAAAAGUUCAAAACUGCCACACCCCGCGGCGUGAAGUAUGGUGCCGGCUACACAGAUCGCGCAAAGGCGAGAGCGGAGGCGGAGGGCACAGGUGACGACAAGGAGGAGAGGAUCAAGGCGCUGGAGGAGCAGAUGAAGCUUGGGCAGAUUCCUGAAGAAGUGUUCUACUCUUUGAGGGAGGAGAUUACGGGCGGAGAUGUUGGCAGUACCCAUCUGGUCAAAGGGCUGGACAGGAAGCUGUUGGAGCGCGUACGGAGGGGUGAGGAUGUGCUGGGUACUGGUGGUGGAGAGAACGAGGACGAGCCUCCGCCAGACGUCGACGAAGAACUGGACAAACUGGAGGAGCGAGAAGUGGAGGCGGUACAGAAAGAGAAGGCGCUGAAGAAGGGCAGCAUGGCGCCACCGCCUGUUGCAGGAGUGAAACGAUCGCGCGACGAGAUCAUGACGGAGCUGAAGGCGCAACGAAAGGCUGCGGCUGAUGCGAAGGCAGCGCCGUCUCUCGAUACCAGCAAAUGGAGGAAGGUGGGCGACAAGAAGAGCAGGGUGGAGAUGGACCACAAGGGGCGGGAAGUGCUGAUUACUAUGGAUGAAGAUGGGAUCGUCAAAAGGAAGGUACGGAAGGUGCCCUUGCAAGACACCGAAAGUGCUGCAGAGAUGCCUGACGUUAGCAAAACGAUCCUGGGCGCUGACGCUGUGAUUCCCGAAACGUCCAAAGUCGCUGAGAAGCAGGAGGAUGAGGAUGAUGACAUCUUUGAGGGUGUUGGCACAGAGUAUAAUCCACUUGGUGAUGAGGUCAGCGACGACGAAGGCAGCGGAGAUGACAGCGAUGCGGCAGAUCCAAAAGACGACACCGCGAAGGAGCCUCCAAGCAGAAGAAGCGAUGAAGCUAUGCAGUCGAGUGGUGAGGAAGGCGAGAUCAGCCAGGCGUCGUCGCCAGAACCCGACACCGAGCCAGCCAUCAACCACGAAGACACACGGACUGUCGAAGCAGAGAUGCCCAAGCCGGCCGCUGCGCCGCGAAACUACUUCAGAGACACCCUCUCUACAUCUGACGAGCCAGCCCAAGACCGCCUUGCCGGAGUGCAAGACUUGCUGAAGAAAGCUGCUAAAAUGGACUCCACUCGUGAAGAUGCGGAUGAAGGUGACGAAGAACAGAAGGCCAAGGCGAAGAGACGACAAGAUAUGUUGGCUCAGAGAGAUCGAGAUCUUGAUGAUAUGGACAUGGGCUUUGGUGGAAGCCGGUACGAUGAAGGUGAGGAAGAUGGGGAUGGGAAGAAGGUGCGGCUCUCUGAAUGGAAAGGUGGCGCAGAUGAUGGCUGGGAGGAGAAGGAGAAGGGAGGCGGUAAGAAGAAGAGAAAGCCUAAGAAGAGGAAGGGUGAUGCCAACAACAUGGCUGAUAUCAUGCGCGUGAUGGAAGGUCGUAAGACUGGCGGCGAGAAGUGA